GGAGCCCGGCCGGAUUCAAACGCGGCGCGGAGCCGGCGCGGCCGCGCUCAUGGAGCCGCGGCUGGUGGGGCCCGGGCCGUACCGCGCCACCCGCCUGUGGAACGAGAUAAUCGAGCUCUUCCGUGCUGGGAUGCCCUUACGAAAGCAUCGCUGUCGUUUCAAGAGCUACGAGCGAUGCUUCAAAGCCUCGGAAGCAGUGGAAUGUUUGCAUGAGCUGCUUGGCUCUAAUCAAAACUUUGGCCCCGAAGUGACUCGCGACCAAACGGUUAAGCUGCUUAAAAAAUUCCUGAAAAAUCAUGUAAUCGAAGAUAUUAAAGGAAGGUGGGGCAAAGAGGACUUUGAAGACGAUGGCCGUUUAUAUAGAUUUCCUCCUUCCUCGCCACUGAAGUCAUAUCCAAAGAAACCUUCAUGUGGAAAGGAAGUAAUUAAAUUUCCAGACUGGAAUGAACCAAGGGCUGGGCCUUCUCAAGAACAUAUCCCAGUGAAAUCCGUCGCAAUGAACUCUGAGAUGUGGUACAAGCGACACAGCAUAGCUAUCGGAGAAGUACCGGCAUGCAAACUUGUGUUCCGCAGAGAACUAACACAAACAAAUAUAGAAGAGGUAUGGAAAUCCAUGACUUUAUCACGAUUACAAAAGGUGUUGGGUUUGGAUUCUCUGGAUGAAGUGUUAGACACAAAACUUGUGAAUUCAAAACAUAUAGUUCAAAAUGUAUAUAAUGUCAAUAAGCAAGGCAUUGUCACUUUAGAGGACAAAUCAAAGGAACUACCUCAUUGGAUAUUAUCUGCAAUGAAAUGUCUAGUAAAUUGGCCCAGCUGUUCAGAUCUGAAGCAGCCUACGUACUCAGGCUUUGAAAGAGAUGUCUUCAAAACGAUAGUGGACUACUUUAGCCAGAUGAAAGAACCUCUUCUCACAUUUAAUUUUUUUGAUAUUUUUGUUAGUGUGUUAGGACUGUUGCAAAAACCCAGCAAGGCUGUAGAAGCUCUUCAGAUAUCUUGCCUCCUACUGCCACCAGAAAAUAGGAAAAGACUACAGCUUUUGGUGAGAAUGAUGGCAAGAAUUAGUCUAAACAAGGAGUUGCCACGUCUUUCUGAAUCAGUGAGGACCAGAACUUUGAUGGUUCAGGCAUUUUCCCGUUGUAUUCUCUGCUCAAAGGAUGAAUUAGACUUGGAUGAACUUCUUGCUGCUAAACUAGUAUCUUUUCUCAUGGAUAAUUAUCAAGAGAUCUUAAGUGUUCCUUCUGCUUUAAAGUCUUCCAUAGAGGAUCAUGUUGUACAUCUCCAGAGAGUCCAAAUAAAAUAUGCUGGAGCUGAUAGUGAUGCAGCACUUCCUCCUCCAUCAUUCUGUCACCAAAUCACUACAGGUGAAUUUGAAUACCAAAGGGCAGCUGGCUCUCAAGAACCACUGGCAGCUUUGUUGGAAGAAAUUGUAAUGAAUAAAGAAAUAUCUGUGAAGGAUAAAAAGAAGAAGCUCAAGCAAUUUCAGAAAUCUUACCCUGAAGUGUACAGAGUACGAUUUCCUAGCCCUGAAACCGAAGCAAUGCUAUUUCCUGAAAAAACUAAACAGAAACCACCAAUACUGAUGUGGGCCUUAAAAAAGCCUUUUCAACCAUUUCACAGAACCAGAAGCUUUCGGAUGUAAAUGGUUUGAAAUAUAUCAGCAAAUGAACAGAGACACAGUGUAUUGUCAAUGGAUCUCAUGCAAAAGGAGCCUGAGCAGCACGUGGUUACUCAAAAAAACUACUGGGGAUACUGCUAAGAUCAUAGAAAAUGUUGAAAGAAGGAGAGAGUAUUGAGGUUGUAGUAAUGUGAACCACUAUCAGUAUUUUUGUAAAGCAUUAUUUUUUUAAAUGUCUGUUACUUUAAAACAAGCAACAAAAAACAGAAAAAAAACCUAAACAAACAAACCCACCGCACACUCAAGGGGAUUAUUCUAUAUAUGGGUGAUAAUGUACACUUGCUGUGGUUUGUUUUGAUUAUCAUUUUAAGGCCUAAAUGUAUUUGAAUGUAAUGUAUUCUUUGUAACUAGUCAACAGCUUUUUUCCCUCCCUGAAAAUGAGUGUCUUGCAUAAACUAGGCUAUAUUUGUGCACAUAUAGUGUGAGGAAUUAACUUACUGUACAUGCUUGAGUAAGUAUGGAACACUGGAUUUUGCUUUGCUUUUUGUGAGAGACUGAUAUUAAAAGUUAAUGAUGCAACCAAUUGGCUGUUUGCACCCCUCAACCACAGGGGAAGGGGAGUGUUUUUGGGUAUGUGGUUAUGAAACUUCUUGGUCUGCCCAGGUGCAGAGGGGAUGAGCACCCAUCACCAGAGGAUCACCAUGACAAGCCCACCUUUGUGUAGCAGCAAGCUGGGGUUUGAGACAGGUAAUAGAAAACACCUCCAAGAAGCAUAUCCUGCAAUGUUGCUGGGAUGCUGUUUUUUAUCAUGCCAAUUUCCUCUCUUACACAACUGGCUCAGGCAGAAGAUUCUCUCGCAUCCUGAGAGAUACAGGAACAUUCACACUUAGGCCUGAGGGUAUUUUUCCCUUCUGUUAAGGCAGAACUGGCUCAACUAAGCUGGCCUGGCAGAUGUGGGUCGUGUCUUUGCCUGCAGACUUAUUUCUUGGGCCUGCCACCAGAGGACUGCAAAUGAUCCACAGUGUUGCAAGAGACGUUGUAAAACUCCUCCCUGAAGAGAAGUACCUGGGCAUUCCCACCUGAACCUGUUGAACCCAUUGGACUUUGGGUUUAAGGGAUUUCCCCUGGCCCUGAUGGAUUGAAAUUGUAACUGUUACUUCAUCCACUGGACAUCUAAAUUGCAACAAUCAGGUUUCAUAGGGUGGUGAUACCUUUCCUCUUCACUAUCUGUUCUUAUACUUUUUAUUUUCAUUGUAUAUUUUCUCAGGUGUAAUCAUUUUACUUUUAUAUUGCUCUAUUUCUAUAGAUAAUAACCAAAUCUGUUACAUACUUUGUUUCCGUUUUAACCAAAUUAUUCCAAAAUGAACCUGUUGUCUCUGUCUGUCUGUCUAUCUAUCUAUCUAUCUAAUCUUUUUAUUUAUAAAAACCUCACCAUUCAUUGCAUCACUCUAGUCUGCCCUGAGGGAUCUAUUAACAAGAACCUCAGUUAACCUGCCUCAGGGGCAGGUUGUAACAUUGCUGACCCUAACAUGGCAGAUUUAUUUUUGAAAAGUAAUUAUCAAUUUCCUGAUUCAUAUGGUGCAUUACAGCUUGAGUGAACUUCCUUUGAAAUUACAUUAACUUUAGGUAAUGCUGACCUAUUCUGAUAGGCAAUGCAGCCUUUCCCCCCUAUUUUCUUACUGCAAAUUGUACAAAGCUGGGUGCUUGACAAUAGAGUAUACUUUAUCAGAAAAUUUUAAAGCCUUGAGGUUCCUCUAUAAAUGGAAUUCAGAUAUUGAAGUGGCAUUGUAGCAUACGUGCAUUUAUUGAUUUGAUUAAUUUUGCGUUAUGAAAUCUAGUGUGCCUAUAUCCUGAUUGUACAUAUUACAUAGUUGAUUCUGAGACCACUUUAUCUAUUAAAGCGUUGCUCUUUUCCUAUAUAUACCUAGAGUCGUGAUUUCGUGCUAUUCAUUAGAGAUUUGAAAAACAGCAUUUCAUAGCAUAUUGAAUGUCAGGGUAGUCUAUGCUGGAGAGAAGACACCUGACAUCUCAACAAAUUUCUGAAAUUUUAGUAGAAAAUGUAAUGCAAUAUUGACAGCAUUUGUACCUUGCUUUCUGACCAGUCAAUAAGUUUCAUUAUGUACAUUACAAGGUGGUUGAGAUAGGGCUACUUCUUGGGUUAUAGAUUGGGUUAUUUCUUGGGCAGUGUGAUAUUGAACAGUACAUGUUUUCAUGAGGUGUUCUCACAGAGAUACUUGAACUUCACAUCAAUAAUCUUAAGCAAAUUUGAUACAGAAAGAUAUACUUUUCAAAUAUUAAGAAAAUAUAAAAAUUACUUUUAAAAAUGGUCUAAGGCCAUUUCUAACCUUUAGUGCUAGGUCUUCAAGGGUGAGAAAAUCUUAGAUAUGUCAUAGUAUUCUGUGUAUGUUUAUGUGGGUCAAGCUUUGACUGCAACUAGACUACUCACAUAUAUUUUGUUAUUUCAGUAAUCCAUGGAGUAUAAUAAUGAGCAAGGCUGCUUGGAAGCAAGUCUUGCAUAAAAGUGGAAGCCCAUCCUAAGGGAUCUCUGCCAUCACUUCCUAAAUUGCAGAGGAGAAGUUGAAGCCAAUCGAUCUGCCCUUUGAAAUAAUCUUACUGCCUGCCAACAAGCCUUCUGCUGUCCUGUUGAAAUUUUCCCUUGUAUCCCUAUUAAAAAUAUGUAUGAUUCCUGAGUCUAUUUUAAAUAGCAAUUAAAGUUUACUAAUUAGUUUUCAUGAUGAGAAGUUGAAGAUAAGACUUAUGUUUUUAUGAAUUAUCCUUCUUUUGUUUCUGAGAUUUAUGACUGUGGUAAAAAAACCCCCCAAAAGUCCAUUUGCUCACAAUUUCCAAGGCUGUGAAAAAUACAAAAUAUCUUUGAAAAACUUGAAGGAAUUGUAGGGAGAGAAUUUUAUUUGAGAUCAUAAUCUCACAGACUGAAUUUUAACCAUGCUCCUGUCUUGGGAGACGCUUUAGAAAAGUUUUCAAGAACAGGAGUUAUGUGAGUAUGGCUCCAUAUUACAGCUGAACCUAGUGCAAAUAUGCAAGAUGAAUGGGGUAGGAACACAAAAGUAAGGUUAGAUAGGUAAAUUUGCCUAUUCUUUUCAGAGUGGAGGUUAGAAAAAGUAAGCUUGAAACCUAAUUCAGGGAAGAAUGUAAUCUUGGUAAAAUAUCUCAGAAAAAAACCAGAGAUUCUCUAACUCUAAACUGUAGGCAAUAGAAACUUUUGAUAUUAACUUUCUCAGGAAUUAAACAUUUACUUCUGUGUUAAAGCCCUGUGAUGUCUUGAUAUUGCCGAGACUGAACAUCAUGGCCUCCUCUGGGUUUAUUUCUCUUGAACCACGAGACCUGCAAGCCAAACUUUGUUUUGCUUCUCCUAGUGACUGUUCUGAAGCCCCUCACUAAAUGGAGCUUACAUUUUUUUAAAGCAGAUCAGGAGGAAGACUAAAUAAAGGCAGAUGUUGCUGCUUUUUUGGUCUGGUUAAACCUAUGUUUGUCAUCUAA